UCCGGCAAUAUUAUUCUUUUAUUCACGAAAUUCACACACAGAAUCUGAAGGGGGCAGACUGCCUUUCCUUAGCGGAAAUGACCAAAUAGUUAUGACAAAAACACGAAUAAAAAGAUGAAAUCAGAACAGUUUUCACAGAUGAAAGAUUACAACAAAGACAAGAGAUCCAAAUAUGAAGGUAGUAUGGUUACAUAUAUUUGUGUCAAGUCUAUGUAUGGCCUUGUCAGUUCAGAUGUCUCCAUAUGGACUAGCAUGUGACCCAAGAGAUGUCCGCCGAUCCUGUCUGAUGGGAUGUCUUGGUUGUUUCGAAGCUUUUGGAGGAUCAACCUACAAUCUUGCUGCCUGUUGUUAUGACUGUAAAAUAACUGAUGCUGUAUUAAUAGAUGAUGGACCCGUCAGAUGUUCUAGCAAAUACCUAAAACCAGCGUUUUUGUCUAGAUUUGGGAAAUAAAAAAGGAAAACGAUUCUGAGGGAAAAAGAAGUAAUAUUCUUGGAUUUUAUUUUUGUAAACGCCGUAUAAAAAAAUGGACAAUUCUGCAGAAAAUAACCUCUUGAGAAGGUUUGCUUGUAUGAAUUUAUGAAAAAGAAGAUUCCAGUGAGGCAACCAUUCAUCUAAAACAUAAGAAAACAAAUAAUCAUGGACUUCAUGGUUAUUUAGGUUUGAAAAAGGAAGAUACUUCCUUUAAAUAAAAAAUAAAUUCUU